GGGGUGUAAGACUGAAAUGGUGCUUUCUGGCGAUUACAUCUGCACCUCCAUACAAGCAUCGUGAGUUAGUGGAUGACAUGUGCCGACACAUCAAAGCUUCAGGUAAAUCAGGCAAAGAGCUGGCAUGUUGGGUUUGUCCCACAGCAUUUCCUGUCUUCAUGCAGCACCCUUACAGAGCCUGGUCUGUCUGGCCACUGCAUCCCACCAGGAACAGACACGCUGGGCCAACAUGCUACGAGCUGCAGCACAACAUCAGAGCCCCGCACUUUGGUGUGAAGCUUCACCUGACACCAGGGCCUUCUUAGAUGCUGUGUCAUCUUUGAAGAGGCUUAGAGGAAACUGUCAGACCGAGGUACAUCCAGUGGGUGAUGGGGAAGAGCCCUUCAGAUUGUUGUUGCUGUCGGAGGUCUACAGGAUGACAAAGCAACAGGUAAAAGCUGCUGCAGGACAACAUCGCUCACAUGAUCACAGGUCAGUGUUUUUGGCUAAGUCAGAGGAUGGAAAAGGAGACUUCAGCAUCUUAAACCUUUUGCUGUUUCUCUUAGAGGUCAUGUGUGAGCCGAUGUUAAAGUCUCUCCAACACAUGGUCAUCCCAAAGCGCGACCGUACUCUGCAGGAAGUGGCCGCACCCACCUGGGAUGGAUUUGCUUCAACCUGGCAAUACUUCCUGGAGACAUAUCCUGAUGCCUCUGUGUGGCCUUGGCCCAGACGCUGCCCGGAUGUGGAAGUGCCUUGACGGGCUGGAGGGCAUGUGUGGCUCCAGGAGACAUGGGGUGUCCACAGUGGGGUCUGGAGGGCUUUGCUACUUAAAGCUCAGAAGGCUCUCUACAAAGUGGUUGACAUGUAUGCUGUGAUGUUCAUCGGUUGCUCUCUCGAUAUCAAUGCUUCUUUCUAGACUCUUCCCAGAUCACGGCAGUGUUGUGUAGGAUCAGAGAGAGAGUAAUAAAGGUGUGUAGCAGUAGGGAAACAGCUGCUUUUUUACGUCAUUAAAACCAAAUUCAUGUCUCUGUCUGUCCCUGUCUCAGCACCUGGAAACAGAACUAUUGGCUCUUCGAUCUCAGUUGAUUCUAGAGGCGAUCCUGCAGAUUACACUGCAUGUGUUUACACGUGGUGUAGGUGAGCAGGUACAUGUUUUUAUAUCUUCAGAUGUGUAUGAUAAUCUUUUGGUCUCCUUUUUGUCUUUCUCUUGACUAUAUGUAUAGUAUACUGAGUAUACUGUAUGCCAUGGUGAGCAUGCCUUUUACAUCCACCCUGACAUCGUCUUCCACUCCAUCCUGAGAGAAAACCUGACCGCUUACAUCCAAUCAGUGAUGAGGAACUUUUUAUAUACUGGAUAAAAACAGUUGAGAUGUCGAUGACAGGAUUACAACUGAAUGUCCACCCCCCUUUGAAACUAUUGCCAUCUUUGAUUGCAACACUUUGUCCCCCCUACAGUGAUGAGGUGCUCCCUGCCACAGCAGCUCAUGCCUCUCCCUGUCAGCUCCUGCUCUAGUUUAUCUGAAACAGCACACAACAAGCUGCUGCCUCCUACUGACUGUAUGCAGAACCUCUGCCACACCUCUGAAGGGUCCACCUCCGGAUCUGAAACACUCACACCAAGCAUUAACUCAGAAAAUGCUGUAAAUCACACGUCUUCACUGCUGGAUGCCGGAGAAUAUAUCUGUCUCACUGACUGAACCAUGACAAAUAUACAACUUUAAUGGAAAGGAAACAAAUCAACAGCUUUGUAGUGAGAUUUAAACCCACAUUAAAUCUACAGUACAAUCUGCUUUAUUCAUUUAGCAUGCACUUUCCCUUCAAUUUGUAGUUAAAUGUGUCAAGAGAGUCACUGAAUCUCUGCCUUACUGCAUUUGGCACACUUGACAGCAAGCUUCCAAAGAAGAAGUGAAAAUUGAAAGAAAAUACAAUUGCUAAGAGAUUUUUCAAGAGAACAGUACUUUUCAUGAAACUUGUUGAAGAAUUGUUGGGUCCACAAAAGACAAGGACUUAUAAGGCCAUUGUCCCUCCAGCCAAGUUUCAGAAAGUGACAUUAAAAAAAAAGCGUCUUAAGACUCAAUACUUAAUAUUGUCCACAAUCAUUAUUCAUCACAAUUAUGCAAUGGGAAAUUAUUACAAGGAGAUAAUUAAUCUGUGA